AUUAUGGGCUUCAUUUCCUCCCCAUGCUUUGUGAUCUUCCCCUUGAUGGCCCACGGUCACACCAUCCCCCUCCUCCACCUCGCCCGCCUCCUCCGCCGCCGUGGCAUCUCCGUCGCCGUCAUCACCACCCCGGCCAACGCCCCAUCUAUCCGAUCUUUCCUUAAAGAAGACACCAAAACAACUUCAAUUAUUGAGCUCCCCUUCCCUAACAAACCCAUAGACGGCGUCCCUCCGGGAGUGGAAAACACCCACGACCUCCCAUCCAUCGCCUCCUUCUACGAGUUCGCCAAAGCCACGGCCCUCAUGCAGCCCGACUUCGAGAAGGCGCUGGAGGGUUUGCACCCCGUGGGCUGCAUAAUCUCCGAUGCUAUGCUUGGAUGGACUCAAGAGACGGCGGCGAAGCUCGGAGUUCCCAGGUACUUUUUCUUCGGAAUGAGCGGUUUCGCUACGACGUUGUACCAGGUUCUCGGCCGUGAAAUGCCCCACGCGCAGGCUUUGUCGCCGGACGAGGCGUUCACAUUCCCCAGCUUUCCGGGGCUGAAGCUAACGAGAAACGACUUCGAGCCGCCGUUCAAUGAGCUGGAGCCAUCAGGUCCCCAGGUUGAUUUCAUGAUCCAUCAAGGUGUCGCAAUGGCAAAAAGCCAAGGUUUAAUUGUCAACAGUUUUUAUGAACUAGAGACAAGAUAUUUAGAGUAUUGGAACAACAACAUAGGACCUAAAGCUUGGUGUGUUGGACCACUUUGCCUAGCUGCACCCACCUCUGAAGAAAAUCAUCACCAGCCAUGCAUGCAAUGGCUAGACCACCAGUACUCACCAGUCUUGUACGUUUCCUUUGGCACUCAAUCGGAAAUCUCACCGGAACAGUUAAACGAGAUAGCCGUCGGGUUAGAACGGUCGGAAACCAAAUUCCUUUGGGUGAUAAAGCCGAAGCUCUUAAAAACCUUAGAAGCUGGGUUUGAAGAAAGAGUCAAAGACCGAGGGGUAUUAGUGAAAGAUUGGGUGAACCAAAAUGGUAUACUAAACCACAAAAACGUCCGAGGGUUUCUGAGUCAUUGCGGAUGGAACUCGGUGCUGGAAAGUAUAUGCGCCGGAGUGCCGAUCUUGGCACUCCCAUUUAGGGCGGAGCAGCACCUGAAUGCAAGGUUUGUGACGGAGGAGAUUGGGGUGGGGCUUAGGGUUAUGCCCAGAGGGGGUAGGUCCUCUAGAGGGUUUGUAGGAGCUGAGGAGGUGGAGAGGAUGGUGAAGGAAAUGAUGGAAGGGAAAAGAGGGGUGGAGGUGAGGAAGAGAGUGGAGGAAGUGGGAGAAGCAGCGGUGAAAGCUAUGUCAAAAGGUGGUUUAUCUUCCGAGGCGUUGGAUAUGCUUAUAGAAUAUAUAUGAUGCAUGUAAUAUAUAUCCCAAAUAAUGAACUUUCAGUAUUUAAUAUAUUAAAAAUAUAUUUUAUGUUAGUGAUU